CAUAGAUGCCGACGAACUGACGACAACAUUGCCCCAGAAUUGAUUUCAAGAGCUAUCGUAUGUGAUUGACUUUUUAUUGUUGCACUUCUUUUUCUAUCUCUCUGUACAGAAAACUGCAUCUUCUCUACUCCUGAGCCUGCUCACAUCUCGUUCACAUCUCGUACGGUCCCUCACCACCUCACCUCACCUCAUAUCACACCUACCUUCUCCUCCCUUCUCAACUCCUCCAAGAUGAAAGCCAUCCAAGUCACCAAAUACGUCUCUGGACCACAAGAUCUGGUCGUGACCACCCUGCCCACCCCCACCCCCCAUCCCACCAAAUACCUGAUCAAAAUCCACGCUGCGGGCACCAAUUUCUUCGAUCUCCUCCAAAUCCAAGGAAAAUACCAACACCAACCUCCUCUCCCAUGGAUCGCAGGCAUGGAAUUCGCCGGCGUCGUAGUCGCGACACCCAUCGAAUCCACCAAAAGUAACGUCGCCAGCAGUAUCGACGGCACCGUGGCCGCACCCACGAAACAUCUCUUCAAAGUCGGGGAUCGAGUAUUCGGCGCUACACACGGUGCAUAUGCAACGCAUAUUCUCGCUGAUGAGACGGCAUUGUUCCCUGUUCCUGAAGGGUGGAGUUUCGCUGAUGCAGCGGGUGUGUAUGUCACGACGCCGACGGCGUAUGGUGCGCUGGUGACGAGGGCAAAUACUCAGCCGGGUGAAUGGGUGCUGGUGCAUGCUGGCGCGGGCGGUGUAGGGUUGUCGGCCGUGCAGAUUGCCAAAGCGCUGGGUGCGACGGUUAUAGCGACGGCGGGGUCGGAGAGGAAAAGACAGAUUUGUUUGGACUAUGGUGCGGAUUAUGUGGUGGAUUAUAGGGAUCCGAAAUGGACGCAGAGAGUGGUGGGGUUGUGUGAACAGCAUCGAACGGGCAAUGGAAAGGCGGGUGUGGAUAUCGUCUAUGAUCCUGUUGGGAUGAUUGACGCUUCGAUGAAAUGUAUUGCCUGGAAUGGUCGGCUUCUCGUGAUUGGUUUCGCUGGUGGCAAUAUUGAAAAGGUUGCUUUGAACCGCGUCUUGCUCAAGAACAUCAGCAUCGUUGGUCUCCAUUGGGGCAUGUAUGGCACCAAAGAGAAGGAGACGGUGCCUGAAGUAUGGAAGGGAAUCUUCGACUUGAUCAAAGCAGGCAAACUACGUGGAAUCACCUACACAGACAAGCACUACAAGGGUCUACAAGACGUUUCCAAGGCUUUGAUCGCUUUAGGAGCUCGAGAUACUUGGGGUAAAGUGGUGGUUGACUUGUCCGAGGAUGACGGCGAAGACGGCAAGAGUAAGCUAUGAUGACUCAAGGUACUUGAUAUGUUGCCUGGAUAUUUCUGGCUGUGAACUCUUUUGGAUAGAAAGGGCUUGUAGCAAUGUGCUGAGCCUGUGCUAGUUUUACGGAAUAUCAAGAUUUACUACUUAGCCAUA